AUGUGUGCCCUUAAAAAUAUUUUAAAUGCAAAGGAUAUUUAUUUUCAUAAAUGCUUUCAGUAUAGAAAUAGGGAUUUCACAAUCCAUUUUUUCAAUGGCGUCGCAGACUCGCAGUUUCAUCUGGACGUGUCGCUUGGACGUGUUGACGGAUUUAAAGCUUGCAACCUAUGGGAACCUGAGGAACUGCAUCACAAGAGUGAAAGGGACGCCCACCCAGCACUUCUUCGAGGAUGGUGCCUUGAAGAAGGGAGAAGUGCGCCUAAAGUGAAUGCCAUGGCAGGCAUUGCGCUGAGGCUUGGGCCAUGUGGAACUGGAGGCAGCCAAGUCAUCAAAGAAGAUAGGACUUCGGCUCAUUCAGAAACCAUGUGAACUAUGGCACAAGAGGCCCAGGGCACCGGGACAGCUGGCUGAAUAAACAGUUAAGCCUUUUAAACAUUGAAGUGUGUGCUAUCCCAAGGA